AGCAAACAAAUCAAGCCACAUAAACUGUUUACGCCGUCUCUAUGUUUCUCUGAUUCUCUCUUGCCAACAGGGAGAAGCUAAGGAGAUCAUCCAUCCUAUGGUAGAAAAUGGCCGGCAAUGGAGGAGUUGCUCGCAGGUGCGCCUGUAGGAGAAGCUAUGCUGCGUUUAGGGAGGUGAGCUUCCUGAGCCGCAGGAAAACGCGAACCAAUCUCCGAAACGUUUCGAUGAUCCCUCUCUUCAAAAGGCCCCUCUUAUAUCCUCGAUGGCGAUCGCUUAGUGGAAGCUACCGCAUUUUGAGCAUGGAUGCUCGAGAAAAAUCCAGAUCCACAUUAUUGGAAUCAUCAAGGCAUAAGAAGGUCCCCAUAUUUGUCAUGAUGCCUGUGGACACAUUUUGCAUUGAUUCUUCUGGGAGUCCAAGGAUCAGAAAAAUCAAGGCCUUAACCAUAUCUCUAAAAGCACUCAAGUUAGCAGGUGUCUAUGGAAUUGCAGUAGAGGUUUGGUGGGGAAUUGUUGAGCGUUUUUCUCCUCUUGAAUAUAAUUGGUUCCUUUAUGAAGAGCUUUUCAGAUUGGUAUCUGAGUCGGGGCUGAAGUUGCAUGUUUCCUUGUGUUUUCACUCAAACACACAUGUGUCCCCUGGAACUGGGGGUGUGGGUCUUCCACUGUGGAUUCUAGAGAUUGGUGAUCACAACAGGGACAUAUAUUACCAAGAUAAAAGUGGGUUCUCCAAUGAUGAUUAUCUCACACUAGGGGUGGACCAACUUCCACUUUUUUGUGGCCGUACUGCCCUCCAAUGUUAUGAAGACUUCAUGCUCAGUUUUGUUAAUAAAUUUGACUCAUAUAUUGGGAGUGUAAUUGAAGAAAUAAGUGUUGGUCUUGGUCCUUCUGGAGAACUAAGGUAUCCUGCACAUCCACUUGGUGAUGGUAGAUGGAAAUUUCCUGGAAUUGGUGAAUUUCAGUGUUAUGACAAGUACAUGAUGGAGGACUUAAAGAUGGCUGCAUGUAAAGAAGGAAAGCCUCAAUGGGGUGAUAGAGGACCUCAAAAUGCAGGUUGCUACAAUAGUCUUCCACCUGGUGUUCCUUUUUUUGAAGAUGGACAGGAGAGCUUUCUUUCUGAUUAUGGCCGUUUCUUCCUUGAAUGGUACAGUGGUAAGCUGAUUUGUCAUGCAGAUGCUAUUCUAGCAAAGGCAGCUAACAUACUGAAGAAAUAUCAACAAGACAAGCAAACACCAGUUAUAUUAGUCGCUAAAAUUGGUGGAAUAUAUUGGUGGUACCAGACAAUAUCUCACCCUGCUGAACUUACAGCUGGCUACUACAAUACUGCUCUGAGGGAUGGAUAUGAUCCUGUUGCUUCAGUGUUGUCACGCCAUGGAGCUGCUUUGCAUAUUUCCUGCUUAGAAAUGAUUGAUAGUGAAACUCCACAAGCCUAUCAUUGCAGCCCUGAAGGACUAGUCCAGCAGAUAAGGACCAUUUCAAAGAAAAGGAUACAUCUGAUUGGAAGAAAUACUAGCGAACGGUUUGAUCAGAAUGGACUAAGGCAAAUACUUGCAAACUGCUACCAUCCACAGGCAGAGGCUGUAAGGUCUUUUACUUAUUUCAGAAUGAAUGAUAAAAUUUUUGCUGUUGAAAACUGGAAUAAUUUUGUCCCCUUUGUUAGAAAGAUGAGCACAGAUUUGUAAUUUACUUUUCAAUCUGAUCUUUAUUUUUUUAUAAA